UAUGAUUAAGGCAAUUCUCAUCUGUGUCUUAUUAUUAUCAGUAACAGCAGGACAUGUAAGAAAAACACAUAAAGCAGUUCAUAAUAAAAAAGCUAGAACCUUUAAUAGUGCUUUCUUUGAAUUUGAAAAUUUAGGAGAUAAAGAUUAUCAUUUGAGUGCAAAAGAAGCUUGUAAUUAAUUAAUUAUCUAUAUUCUUUCUUAGAACAUUGGGCACAAAUUACAACAGAAAAAGAGACUUAAACUAAAAAACACACAUCAUUCACAGAAACUCAUUCUGAGUAUGUUCCAGGAAUUGUUGGAGAAAUAGUUGAUCUUUCAAACAAUGCUGGUGUUAUUUCCUAUACAGCCACAGAUAUUAAUGGAAAUAUUCUUGAAUCUGAAACAGGAAAUGAUUUGGCUAGUAAAAUGAAUGCAGCCUAUCUUGAAAUGACUUCCAAAAUUUAGGAUUCAACAGCAUAAAAUCAAUGAG